UUUUCAAUGAAUUAUGUGAGGUAUCUUUACCAAUUUGGAUAUAGCGACCACAAUUUCCAAUGAAAUAUACGAGGUUUUCUUAGCUCCGAUGGUUGGUAUAUAAAGACGAUGAGUAUUUGGGAUCAGCAUCAAUCUCGGUUUAGAUUUCAUUGGAUUUGAACAAACAACUCAUUUGGGUCACAGUCUAAGAUGAAGGUAUUUGUUUGCUUGUUGGCAGUUUGUGCCGUUGCCAAUGCUGGCUUCUUGUUUGGUGGUGGAGGUGGCGGUGGUGGUGGUGGAGGUGGCGGCUACGGAGGCGGUGGAUCUGGAGGUCAUGGCGGCUGGUCCGGUGGUGGUGGUGGUGGCGGCUAUGGUGGCGGUGGCGGAGGAGGCUAUGGCGGAGGCGGUGCAGGUGGUGCUGCUACUGUUAUUAAAGUAAUCCAUGAAGGUGGAGGCGGCGGUGGUGGCGGUUAUGGCGGCGGCGCCGGAGGCGGUGGAUGGGCUGCAGGAGGUGGUGGUGGUUAUGGCGGUGGAGGCGGCUAUGGUGGAGGAGAUGGUGGAGCUGGUGGUGAAGUUAAAAUUAUCAAGGUCAUCUCCCAAGGAUCUUCCGGCGGCGGCCAUGGCGGCGGUCAUGGUGGUGGCCAUGGAGGUGGCUAUGGCGGUGGUCAUGGCGGCGGCUAUGGCGGUGGUCAUGGCGGUGGUUCAUCGGGUGGCCAUGUUAAAAUCAUCAAGGUUAUUUCCGAAGGAGGCGCCGGCGGCGGUGGUGGUUAUGGCGGCGGUGGUGCCGGUGGUUGGGCCGCUGGAGGUGGUGGCGGUGGCGGUUGGUCCGCUGGAGGUGGUGGUGGCUGGUGAUUUUCUCAUCCAAUGACCACCAAUGGCCAUGCAAAAUACAAUGCUAAUGCUUAGUGACUAUGUGAUAUUUAAACUGUAUUGAAUCCUUUAGUAGUGAAUUAUAAGCAACUUUGUUUCUUCGAAAGUU